AUGUCGUUCAUGAUGAAGGCCAUGUUGGGGAGUAAGUUGAAGGAUAUGACUGGAGGAGGAGGAGGAGAGGUUGAGGUGCCAGCAGGCGAUGUGAAGGAGACCCCUGAGUCUAAAGGAAUGUCCAGAGAGGAGUUUGAGGACUACCAGCGACAGCUUAUAGAGGAGAAGAUGGAGCGGGACAAGGAGUUUGCCACAAAGAAGGCGGAGAGGGCCAACCUGAGGUCCUGCCUGCGGGACAAGUACCGCCUACCUGAGAGUGGCCAGGACGAAGCCAUGGUGAAGAUGGCGGGAGACGACCUGGAUCUCCCUGAGGACCUAGCCAAGAUGGUGGAUGAGGAUGAGGAGGAGGAGGCGGUGAAUGACUCACUACUAGGACAGCUACAUCAACUGCAGAACAUGGACAUGGACCAGCUGAAGACCAAAGCCCAGACCACCAUGACAGAGAUACAACAGGUGGCUGAGGAGAAGUGUGUCGUCAUGUGAAGAGUGAUCAUCAGACUUCUUCUUCUUCUUCUACCCAUUGAUCUUUCUUCAGCAAUUAAGCAGUCCAUUGUGUGAACUUCUACGUCAAGUGGGAUUUACCCAACAAGCACCAAGCCUACGUCUUUGUUAUAAUUAUACAAUAUUGCAUGUUAAUCUUCACAGAACCACCUAAUCAUUCUGUUAUUCAGUUGCCUCAAAAAAUAUGAAUUGCUGAGGCGCUGUGAAAUCAUGCUGUAUAUUGUUGCUAAUGACGAUCACCUCCUCUCUGUUCAACUUCCACACAGAAACAGAAUUAAUAGAAUAGACAAAGCCCCUCAGUCCACGGGUAUUUGACUGGUACACUCAAUAUGGCCGCCGGUCCACCCAUCACAAAAUGUUGACUUCAAUGGGAAUAUCUGUUCUAGUAAUUAUAUUUUUAUGCAUCCACAUCCGAACCGGUUGAAACAGAGUCCAGACUGAGUAUUUGAACUUUCACACUAAUAAUUCAAUACUAAACUGAUUAUGGCAGUAGGCCGAGAAUGGAAAAAGACAUGUAAACACCUUACUCUGCUUAUGUCAAUUGGCGUGAGGUCAAAAUCAAAGGAAGCAUACAUCGAUUUACAACACCUGGUUUUCUGAGCAUUCUUUCAAAUUGUUAGGACACGUAAACAGCUUAAUCGGCAUUCCAGUAGCAUUGCAGCUGUGUAUUUGAUCUGCUCAUGCUCCGGUAGCGCAAGCUUCCCUCUUAUGCACGAGUUAAGUGAGUUUCGGAAAUACUGAAAGUCUGCAUCUCAGAAGUAGUUUACACAUGCAAACUUUAUAUGUACAAACUCAGAAUCAAAUAGGCUUCGAGAAAAUUACAUGGUCACUGGGGUAGAACGUUUAUUUUGAUUCACGAUUUUCUGCAUUAAUAAAAGUUUCACGACUAAACAGGAUUAUUAGGGAAAUCGUUUAUCUUCUAUGGGAUUGGUGUCCCCCCCCCCCGCGGGACGAUUGAGCUAACGUAGGCUAAUAAGAUU